UUCAUCAUCAUCAUCAUCAGCUUCUCUAUUUCUCUCAUAUCUUUCAAGGAUAAUAACCAAAAGCUUUUUCUUUUUUUUCUCCCGCAAUUCUUGAAGAAAUGGAUGAGUUUGUUAACCUCAAGGAAACGGAGCUGAGGCUGGGAUUACCAGGAACAGACAAUGUUUGUGAAGGAAAAGAGAGCAUUAUUUCUUGCUGUAAUAACAACAAUAAGAGAGCAUUAUCAAGUGAUAAUGAGAAGGAGAUUGAAUCAUCAUCAAGGAAAACUGAAACAUCCCCUCCUCGAAAGGCUCAGAUUGUUGGAUGGCCACCAGUUAGAUCUUACAGGAAGAAUAACAUUCAGACAAAGAAGAAUGAAUCAGAGCAUGAGGGUCAAGGAAUCUAUGUGAAAGUAAGUAUGGAUGGUGCACCAUACUUGAGGAAAAUAGAUCUGAGUUGUUACAAAGGGUACUCAGAGUUGCUUAAAGCUUUAGAAGUGAUGUUCAAAUUCUCUGUGGGAGAGUACUUUGAGAGAGAUGGAUAUAAAGGUUCAGAAUUUGUGCCUACUUAUGAAGAUAAAGAUGGUGAUUGGAUGCUCAUUGGAGACGUUCCAUGGGAGAUGUUUAUAUGUUCUUGCAAGAGACUAAGGAUCAUGAAAGGUUCAGAAGCCAAAGGUUUAGGCUGUGGUGUAUGAGAUAUAGCUUCACGAAACCUAACAGAGACACAAAAGAACCUGAAGAAUAACAGAGUUUCUUUUGGUUCAGAGAAAAUCUGUGUCUGUGCUCGGGUUGUCGGGUUCUCGGGCGAGAUCUAUGUUCAUGGGAUUGAAUCCAAUUCAUAGCCUUUGUUUACCUCAUCGGUAAAAUGUAGACAUGCUUAAUGGUCUUAAGCAUAUGAAACUGGAACCUAAUUACAUUUUGUUUCAGAAACAGGACAAAAGGUUGUCCUCAAUCUUUGGUUGUGUAUUACAUUAAAAAAGUGUUAUGAAGAUUGAAGCGUUGUUUUUAUAUUUGUAGCAAUUCCUGUUUUGCGUUCUCAUUGAUCAAAGAGAUUUUCAAUUAAUACCCAUUUUCUAU